CUCUCUCUCUCUCUCUCUCCCUAAAAAGCAUCAGAUUAAUUGAUUAAGGUCAUCAGGAUUCUAUACCCUUUACUGCCUCAGCCUCUCUCUCACCUUGCUCCAGCAACAUUUACCUCAUUUUCUUCACUGCGCUUCCAUAGUCUUAGUUUCACACUAUACCUGGCAAACUUGACUCCUAUUCUUUUCAUUUCCAUCUUCCAUCUCAUCAUUCUAGAUUUUCUGUUUGGUUUGCAUCAGCUUGGGCGCCAAAAAUUCCAUUUUUCUGUGAACUGUCUUUGCUUCCAGCCUUUUACAUGUAUGCCUGUUUUCCUUGGCAGUUUUCUUCUUUGCUAAAAUAUUGAAUAACCCUUCCUUUAUUACUUCUUCAAGGUCAUAAUGAUGUCCGGAAUGGCAGGAAACCAGUAUGAAAAUCAGCUGCCACCAUUAGUGGAGGCACCGCCAGUGGUGGUAGAGCCAAGACACUCCACACACCAGUCAAUUGAGACAUUGGUGGUAGUCUUGGCGGUUAUUACAAUACUUGGUGUUAUUGCAGGUAUCAUUGCCCGGCUCUGCGGUGGACGACAUUUUGGGGGAACAGGGGAUCAUGACAUUGAGGGGUGGGUGGAAAGGAAGUGCAGAAGCUGCAUCGAUGCUGGUGUUCCUGCUGUUCCCCAGCCAGCAGAAGCCAAGCCAAAAGCAGAGGAGGCAAAGUCCACAACUACGGAGGAAGCAAAGAAGUGACGGCAGAUGGAGGCGCACAGCCCACAAAGAGUUUACUUGCAGAGAUAAUACAUUGUAGAAAGCAUCAAGCAUUUGAUCAACAAAAGUAACAUAUGAAAUAUCACUAGUAGAGGUUUUUGUGGAAUCAUUUCUAACCCUUUUGUAACGGGGUGAAAUUUUUAUAACUGUAGCCUAUAUAACAAAGAAGUCAUAUCCGUAGAUUCUCUAACAAUUAGGUCUAUAAAUUUGAGCUUCUAUAUUUGCAGAUGAGAAGAUUUCUUCUCCCCUCCCUUACAGGAAUUGUAUUAGUUCUGGAU